AACAUGCCUCGGCCUGACAUCGCCCUCCCUCCCCGCCGGCCGGCACCAAGUGUGCAAACACAGGGCUCGCUUCCCCCACGUCACAUUCCGAAGCACCUCGUGAUGCCCACGCCUCUUCAGCCGCUGGAGGACCAGAAGAGGGCUGAAGCCGCUCGCCAGCUUAGGGAGCAGGCGGUGCCCGGCACGCGAUCAGACGAUGGUCAUGGCGUGCGCCAGGACGCCCGUACGCAUGGUGGCAGACACUUGCAACAUCAUCACUCGGUAUCGUACUCACAUCAGCCGAAUGCGGGUCCUCCCCUUGCUCCGCAAAUGAGCUCCAGGCAGUCCAGCCAGGGUCGUGCACAGGCGAUUCCCAUUUCAGCAGGUCCGAAUGUGCUGCGUAAGCGGGCGUCGAACACCGUGUCUGCCCCGAUUGCUGCGCCAGAGCUCACCUCCAGUGCGAGCGCGGCUGUAUUUUCUGCCCGUGUCGUCGAGCCCACAAAUGGCGUAAGCAGCGGUGGGAAGACGAAGGUGAUCGGGCAGGUUGCGACGGCUGUGUGGACGCGCGACAGAGUCAAAGAGGAGGAGAUUAGGAGGCAAGCUGAGAGAGAGGCGGGUGAGAAGAAACUGAGCAGAAAGCUGAGCAAGUUGACGAGGAAGGCGACGAAGUGAAGAGUGGUCUUCAGGUGGCUAAUGGCUGGUAUAUUCGCCAAAACACGACCUCUGGAGUACUCGGGACAAAGAGUGCCUCAGUCGUGGAGCGUACGUCCGCAUUUCAUUUCCUGGCUGCGCGAGCGUGCAGUUCUAAGAGCAAAGCCAUACUCCGUGCUGGUCUUCCACAUGAUUCUUUCUUCCCUUCGAGUCCGGAUUCUCCGCACUCCGCGAACGUUGAACUACUUCUCCUUUCAGUGAUCUUCACGGACGCACUCUGCUUGAUCUGCGCGUCCAAUCCGCGCUGUCCUUUCUUCCCUCUCAUGGUAUAGAAUCUUGCUGUACUCUCAUAGUCAUUGAUGCUCUCAUCUGUUAUCAUCUGUUGUUGUAUGUCCAGUCGUACUAGUUCUGUAGUCAUAAUUGUCCUCUAGUGCAGCUUAGGGUGUGUUGUACAUCACGAUUAUGUACGUUGUAAUGCCAGUGUAAUUGUGGUGUGC